GAUAAUUUGAGCGCUGAGGCUCUCUGCGCUGAGGACCACAAGUCCCAGCAUCCAUUGCGGCGACGUCGGUCUCCUCCUACACACGCACGCUCCCAGCCACAGCACAGGCAGCACAGAUCAGCAGCUCUGUGUUUACGUUCAGAUGCUUACAACAAAGGACAGCGCACCGCGGAGAGCCUGUCAUUUAAAAGAUAUCACCGUGGAUGUAUGCUCUGACGGUGAGCGUUUGUAACUCACAACUCCGGGAAGAAGAGGAGGACACAUUAACCCUCAUUGGCUUAUUUUUUUUUAACGUGGUGCGGGUUUCACUUUUUUCUUUCUGGCAAACCUGCCCUGAAGGGAGAGAAAUUAAGACGAAAUCUCCUUUUUUUUAAGCCGGUGGAACGUUAGCUAGCUUGCUAGCCUCAGCAAGUUAGGAAGCAAGGCACCAGCUGGUGGGGAAGCUAGCUGCUCUGUCAGCCACACCGAGGACAACAAAGGGAUUUCAUCAUUCAUAUCGUAGACAAGUGGCGUUGCUGUGAGCGACAGACUCAUGAAGCAUGAGAGGGUGGAGCUGAGGCUUAGCUGACCCUUCCCCUUCCUUCUCCUCCUUUCCCCCCCCGUGCUCCAUUCGAUCAGCACCUUCCCCCCUCCUCUCCCCUCUUUUUCCCUUCCUGCCUCCGCCCUGGAUUUGGAUAUCUUCCAUCUUGCCUCCCCUCCUCCUGUAAGCCGGUAUCAGCCCUGCCCAAUGUACUCCCCAGAGCAGGAAAACAUCUCCACCACCGCCUCCACCAAAGUGCCAGUGAAGUAUGGAGAGCUCAUUGUGCUGGGGUACAAUGGCUCUCUGCCCAACGGGGACCGCGGCCGACGUAAAAGCCGUUUUGCACUUUGUAAGAGACCGAAGUCAAACGGGGUGAAACCCAGCACAGUCCACGUCGCCUGCUCUCCUCAGGCAGCCAAGGCCAUCAGCAACAAAGACCAGCACAGCAUCUCUUACACUCUGUCUCGAGCGCAGACGGUGGUGGUGGAGUACACCCAUGACAGCACUACAGACAUGUUCCAGAUCGGUCGAUCAACAGAGAGUCCCAUAGACUUUGUAGUGACAGACACUGUGGCAGGCAGCCAGAGCAACACUGACACCCAGUCGGUCCAGAGCACCAUCUCCCGCUUCGCCUGCCGCAUCAAGUGCCAGCGCACGCCACCUUACACAGCACGCAUCUACGCCGCAGGUUUCGACUCCUCCAAAAACAUCUUCCUAGGGGAGAAAGCUGCUAAAUGGAAGACGCCUGAUGCUCAGAUGGACGGGCUGACCACUAACGGCGUGUUGGUGAUGCAUCCUCGAAACGGCUUCACCCAGGACUCAAAACCUGGGGUCUGGAGGGAGAUCUCAGUCUGUGGCAAUGUCUUCACCCUGCGGGAAACCCGUUCGGCGCAGCAACGUGGAAAGAUGGUGGACACUGAGAGUCAAGAGCUGGUUGACGGCUCCCUCAUAGACCUCUGCGGUGCGACCCUCCUGUGGCGUACAGCUGAAGGUCUCUCACGCACUCCCACUCUCAAACUGGAGGCACUUCGGCAGGAGAUCAAUGCAGCCCGCCCCCAGUGCCCAGUGGGCUUCAACACGCUGGCCUUCCCCUCUAUGCGUCGCAAGGACACACCGGACGAGAAGCAGCCCUGGGUCUACCUCCAGUGCGGGCACGUGCACGGCUACCACAACUGGGGCAACCACCGGGAGGAGAGGGAGGGUCGCGAGGGACGGCUCCGCGAGUGUCCCAUGUGCAGCACGAAAGGGCCGUACGUGCCGCUGUGGCUGGGCUGCGAUGGCAGGGUUCUAUGUAGACGCCGCCCCCGCCCACUCAUGCAUUCAUCCUGCGGCCAUGUUUGUUCUGACAAGACAGCUGCCUUCUGGAGUCAGAUCCCGCUGCCACAGGACACACCCACCUUCCACGCCGCCUGCCCGUUCUGCGCCCAGCAGCUGAGCGGGGAGCAGGGCUUUGUCAGACUCAUCUUCCAGGGACCUGUGGACUAGCAUCCUUUGCGUGAAACAGAGUUUUCUUUUGUUUGGACCUGCAAUGAACCUGGGAGCUCCCCAGAUUUGUUUUCUUUCCUCUUCAGUUAAGAAAAAAAAGAACUGUUUUCUGGACCUUUUGUCUCUUUCUCAUAUUUAAGUGACCUUUGUAUUGCUUUUUCAUGAAUGACAACAAAGAUUUCUAUAUUUUCAUGUGAAACCAGAGACACAAAAACCAAACAAAGAACACUGCUGGGUAAACCUUUCGUUUGUUUCUUGGAAAGAACUUUGAACAACAGUAUUUUCAAAAAUAAUAACGUACCGUAGCGCAAA